AUGGCUGGAAUAAGUGGAAACGAUGAGCUAGCAAUCGGCAUCGACCUUGGAACAACGUACUCAUGUGUGGCUGUCUGGAAGCACAAUCGGGUCGAGAUCAUACCUAAUGAUCAAGGCAACCGAACCACACCUUCUGCGGUUGCUUUCCUUGACAACGGAGAGCGUAUAAUUGGUGAUGGCGCCAAGAAUCAAGUAGCCAUGAACCCUGCUAACACCCUAUUUGAUUCUAAGAGGUUGAUUGGAAGGAGAUUCAGUGACUCCAAAGUGCAGGAAGACAUCAAGUUGUGGCCUUUUAAGGUUAUCAAAGGGCGUUCCGACACCCCGAAGAUUGUGGUCACUUAUAAUGGUGAAAGGAAGGAGUUUUUAGCUGAACAAAUUUCUUCAAUGAUUCUUGGCAAGAUGAAAGAAACUGCUGAGGCGUACCUUGGAAAAGUUGUAAAAAAUGCCGUGAUAACUGUUCCUGCUUAUUUCAAUGAUUCUCAACGUCAGGCUACCAAGGACGCUGGUACUAUCGCUGGUUUGAAUGUUAUUCGUAUGAUCAAUGAGCCUACCGCAGCUGCAAUCGCAUAUGGUCUAGAUAAUGAGUCUGAUAUUUUUGGCAAGAUAAAUGUGCUUGUCUUUGAUUUGGGCGGUGGCACUUUUGAUGUUUCUGUAAUGACUAUCGAGAAAGGGGGUAUUUUUGAGGUGAAAGCUGUCGCUGGUGACACUCAUUUGGGAGGCGAGGAUUUUGAUAAUCGCAUGGUGGAUCACUGUGUUCAGGAAUUCAAGAGGAGAUGGAAUAAGGACUUGAGUGGGAACCAAAGAGCAAUGGGGAGGUUGAGGUUUGCUUGUGAGAAAGCAAAGAGGAUCCUCUCAUAUGCUACUUGGACAUCAGUUGAACUGGAUGGCUUGUAUGAGCGGAUUGAUUUUUCUAUGAAAUUUACUCGAGCUAAAUUUGAAGAGCUGAACAUGGGUUUGUUUAAUAAGUGCAUUGAGACUUUGGAGACAUGUUUAAGUGAUGCUAAGAUGAAGAAAUCAUGUGUAGAACAAGUGAUUCUUGUUGGUGGCUCAACUAGGAUCCCAAAGGUCCAGCAUAUGCUACGGGAUUUUUUUGAUGGCAAAGAGUUAUGCAAGAGUGUGAACCCUGAUGAGGCUGUUGCAUAUGGUGCAGCCGUUAUGGCUGCGAAAGUUAGUGGUACCAUUGAUAAGAGAGUUCAAGAUGUGUUGCUACAUGAUGUCACUCCUUUAUCACUUGGUGUAGAAACAAAAGGAUGUAUUUUUAGCGUUGUGAUCCCGCGAAACACUCCAAUUCCUACGAGUAAUGCCAAAACGUAUGUGACAGUAUAUGAUAACCAACCUUCUGCCACUAUUUAUGUGUAUCAAGGUGAAAGAUCAAAAUCUACAGAUAACCAUUUGUUGGGCAAGUUCGAAAUUUUUGGAAUACCACCUGCUCCCAAAGGAGUCUCUCAUGUUAUGAAUUGCUUUGAAAUAGAUGCCAACGGUAUCCUCACAGUCACCGCCUCGAUAACAUCCACGGGUAAGAUGAAAACACUCAUAAUUUCCAAUGAAAAUGGAAGACUCUCUAAAGAAGAGAUUGAGAAGAUGGUAAAUGAUGCUGAGAAGUACAAACAUGAGGACCAAGAGUUCAAGAAGAAAGCGGAAGCACUCAAUGAUUUAGAGGAUUGCAUAUACAACAUGAAGAAUAAGAUCGAAGAGCAUAGUGUCAAGAAGAGUGUGCACCAUGAGAUCUUGCAAGUAAUGAAGAAAGUCAUUGAUGAAACAACCAAGUGGCUAGAGGACAACCAGGGCGCACCUUUUGCUGAGCUUCACCUUAAGAAGGUACACCUCGAAUUUGUUUGCAAGCCGCUGUUUAAUGUCUAAGAUUAUGGUAGUUGAAUGUUAGAA